UUGCUAGGCGACCGAAGAGACCCCGCUGCCGGGAGACGGGAGGUGGCGGCCCCCAUUGCUAAGGAGCCGAAGCCGCGAUGCUCUCCCGGAUGCGGCCAGGGGUUGGGGCGUCCUCGGUAGCAGGGUAACCUCCCGGGAUCCUGCUGCCCGGGGGGCUGGGAGGGGCCACAGGGGCCCCGUCAUUUGGGAUGGGGUGCAAGGCAGAGGGCGUCUGUUGCAAGAGAGGAGCCAAGGACGGCAUGUCCCAGGCCCCGGCAGCGCCGCCCCCCAGCCCGCCCUCGGUGUACCACGAGCGGCAGCGCUUGGAGCUGUGUGCCGUGCACGCCCUCAACAACGUCCUCCAGCAGCGGCUGUUUAGCCAGGAGGCUGCCGACGAGAUCUGCAAGAGGUUGGCCCCAGACUCCAGGCUGAACCCCCACCGCAGCCUCCUGGGCACCGGCAACUAUGACGUCAAUGUGAUCAUGGCCGCUCUGCAGGGCCUGGGCCUCGCUGCUGUGUGGUGGGACAGGAGGAGGCCCCUAUCCCAGCUGGCACUGCCGCAGGUGCUGGGGCUGAUUCUGAACCUGCCGUCGCCCGUGUCCCUGGGGCUGCUAUCCCUGCCGCUGCGCCGACGCCACUGGGUGGCCCUGCGCCAGGUGGGGGGCGUCUACUACAACCUGGACUCCAAGCUGCGGGCGCCGGAGGCCCUGGGGGACGAGACUGGUGUCAGGGCCUUCCUGGAGGCGGCGCUGGCCCAGGGUCUGUGUGAGCUGCUGCUGGUGGUCACCAAGGACGUGGAAGAGCAGGGCUCGUGGCUGCAGGCCGGCUGACUGCACCCCGCCCUCCUGUACCCCCCCCAUACCACUGCUGCCUCAAUAAACCUGCCACCUGCUGGG